AUGGCCAGCUCCUUCGAGAAGAGUGUCAAGGGCGGCACCAAGAUCAAGCUCGCAGCGCCCAAAUCCAAGUAUGUCGAGCACAUCCUCGUCGCGACGCAUGCCGGCGAGGCAGGUGUUGCUGAGAUCUUCCGCGCCCUCACGAAUCGACUACGCGACUCGACAUGGACCAUCGUAUUCAAGAGCUUAAUCAUCGUACAUCUCAUGAUAAGAGAGGGCGAGCCCGAGGUCACGCUCAAAUACCUGGCGCAGAACCCACACAGAAAGCUGGCCAUCAACCAUUUUACAGAGGUACAGACCCAGGGCCACAAUAUCCGGACCUACUCCGAAUACCUGCUGCGACGUGCGAUCGAAUAUGGCGCCACCAAAGUCGACUACGUGCGCGGCGGCGAGGGGCGGCUUAAGCGGCUGACUGUGGAAAAAGGCCUUCUUCGUGAAGCCGAGAGUGUGCAGGACCAGAUCAGAUCACUGCUCAAGUGCCAGCCCUUCGACGACGAACCAGAAAACGAGAUUACCAUGACAGCGUUCCGAUUGCUCACGAUGGAUUUGCUGGUACUCUUCCAUGUUAUGAACGAGGGCACUAUCAACAUACUCGAGCACUAUUUCGAGCUGUCAAAGCCAGACGCAACGCGCGCGCUGGCAGUAUACCGCACAUUCGUCAAGCAGACGGAAGCUGUCGUCCAAUACCUUAGUCUUGCAAGAGCACACGAACACUCGACAAGACUGGAAAUCCCCAAGAUCAAGCAUGCUCCGACCAGUCUGGCAGCAUCCCUGGAAGAAUAUCUCAACGAUAAGGACUUCGAGAUCAACCGACGACAGUACAUCGCCGAGAAGGAGGCGAAGAAGAACGGGGGCAAGCCUACCAAUGGCGCUAGCAAACCCUUGGAUACGAAGCCUUCCACGUCGAAUGUACCCUCAAACAAUACGAGCAGUCAACAGCCAGCAGCAGCCUCGAAACCCUCCUCCAGCGCACCCUUGAUUGACCUCUUUGCAUCACUCGAGGACAACCAACAGACCAUGGCCACGCAGCCCAUGAUGCAGCAGUAUCCCCAACAAACAGGCUUCCAGGUUCCACAACAGACGGGCUUUCCUCAACAGCAGCAACAGCCCUUUGCUAUGCAGAAUGGCCAGAGCACCAACCCAUUCCAGAUGCAGCAGCCACAGGCGCCGCAGAUGCAGGCACCCCAGCUCCAGUCACAAUUCACAGGCGCAGGCUUUGGAGGCUAUUCGCCUCAACCGUUCGGUGUACAGAAUACCAUGCCUUCAAUACCACAGAAUGGCAUGCCUGAUUAUUCACAACAGCAGCAAAUGCAGAUUCCCACAAUUGCCGAACCCCUACAACCACAACAAACGUCAACAAACCCAUUCCGACAGUCAAUGCUGCCCAGUGCCGAACCCAAGAUGCUCACUAGCCCUACCAGCACUGGAUCGCUCAAUCGGUCAUCCACGAACCCAUUCGCAAAACAAAGUACCGGUUUCUCGCAGUCGCAAUCACCCAUCAAUUCACCACCUUACUCAAUGUCACCCAUUCAAGAAUCACCAUUUGCUCCUAUGCAGCAGCAGCCUUUACAGCCGACUCCAACCGGCACAAAUCCAUUUGCACGGCAGCCCUCGCCGCAGAGUGCCGCAUCCCCACAGGGUGGCCUGACAGUGAACGCUACAGGCAGUACCAAUCCUUUCCGGCAGAGCGCUUUUGUCAACCAGCAAACGGGCCAGGGUUGGCAGAAUACAGGUAGCCAAGGGACGAUGGGCGGAAUGAGCCUGGAUCAGGUACCUACAACGAGUGUCUUUCCACGGCCUGGACAGCAACAGCAGCAAAACUUUCUUGGCUAG